CCCGCCGCCCGUGCCCGCCGCCGCCGCCGCCGCCGCCCGUGCCCGCCGCCCCCAGGGCAUGGCCUGUCUGAUGGCCGCUUUCUCGGUCGGCACCGCCAUGAAUGCCAGCAGUUACUCCGCAGCCAUGACCGAGCCCAAGUCCGUGUGCGUCUCGGUGGACGAGGUGGUCUCGGGUAACACGGAGGCCUCGGAGACCGACCUGCUGAACGGGCAUCUGAAGAAGGUAGACAACAACCUCACGGAGGCCCAGCGCUUCUCAUCCCUGCCACGCAGGGCGGCUGUGAACAUUGAAUUCAAGGACCUCUCCUACUCGGUCCCGGAAGGACCGUGGUGGAGGAAGAAAGGAUACAAGACCCUCCUGAAGGGGAUCUCCGGCAAGUUCAACAGCGGGGAGCUGGUGGCCAUCAUGGGGCCCUCCGGGGCUGGGAAGUCCACACUCAUGAACAUUCUGGCCGGGUACAGGGAGACCGGCAUGAAGGGGGCCGUGCUCAUCAACGGCCAGCCGCGGGACCUGCGCUGCUUCCGGAAGGUGUCCUGUUACAUCAUGCAGGACGACAUGCUGCUGCCGCACCUCACGGUGCAGGAGGCCAUGAUGGUGUCUGCACAUCUGAAGCUCCAGGAGAAGGAUGAAGGCAGGAGGGAGAUGGUCAAGGAGAUCCUGACAGCUCUGGGCUUACUGUCUUGUGCCAACACACGGACUGGAAGCCUCUCGGGUGGCCAGCGGAAGCGCCUGGCCAUUGCGCUGGAGCUGGUGAACAACCCCCCCGUCAUGUUCUUCGAUGAGCCCACCAGUGGCCUGGACAGUGCCUCCUGCUUCCAGGUGGUCUCCCUGAUGAAAGGGCUGGCCCAAGGAGGGAGGUCCAUCAUCUGCACCAUCCACCAGCCCAGCGCCAAACUCUUUGAACUCUUCGACCAGCUUUAUGUCCUCAGUCAAGGACAAUGUGUGUACCGGGGAAAAGUCUCUAAUCUUGUGCCAUACUUGAGGGAUUUAGGUCUGAACUGCCCAACCUAUCACAACCCAGCUGAUUUUGUCAUGGAGGUCGCGUCCGGCGAGUACGGUGAUCAGAACGGCCGCCUGGUGAGAGCCGUCCGGGAGGGCAUGUGUGACUCUGACCACAGGAGAGAGCCUGGGGGGGAUGCCGAGGUGAACCCUUUUCUUUGGCACCGGCCCUCUGAAGAGGUAAAGCAGGCAAAACGAUUGAAGGGGUCUAGAAAGGACUCCGCCUCCAUGGAGGGCUGCCACAGCUUCUCGGCCAGCUGCCUCACGCAGUUCUGCAUCCUCUUCAGACGGACUUUCCUCAGUAUCAUGAGGGACUCGGUCCUGACACACCUGCGGAUCACAUCUCACAUUGGAAUCGGCCUCCUCAUCGGCCUGCUGUACCUGGGGAUUGGGAACGAGGCCAAGAAGGUCCUGAGUAACUCCGGCUUCCUCUUCUUCUCCAUGCUAUUCCUCAUGUUCGCAGCCCUCAUGCCCACCGUUCUCACGUUUCCCCUGGAGAUGGGAGUAUUUCUUCGGGAACACCUGAACUACUGGUACAGCCUGAAGGCCUACUACCUAGCCAAGACCAUGGCCGACGUGCCUUUCCAGAUCAUGUUCCCCGUGGCCUACUGUAGCAUCGUGUACUGGAUGACCUCGCAGCCGUCCGACGCCGUGAGGUUCGUGCUGUUCGCCGCGCUGGGCACCAUGACGUCGCUGGUGGCGCAGUCCCUGGGUCUGCUCAUUGGAGCCGCCUCCACGUCCCUGCAGGUGGCGACCUUUGUGGGACCUGUGACGGCCAUCCCUGUCCUCCUCUUCUCGGGGUUCUUUGUCAGCUUCGACACGAUCCCAGCUUACCUGCAGUGGAUGUCCUACAUCUCCUACGUCAGGUACGGAUUCGAGGGGGUCAUCCUGUCCAUCUACGGGCUGGACCGAGAGGACCUGCACUGCGGCAUCGAUGAGACGUGUCACUUCCAGAAGUCGGAGGCCAUCCUGAGGGAGCUGGACGUAGAGGAUGCCAAGCUCUACCUAGACUUCAUCGUUCUGGGCAUUUUCUUCAUCUCCCUACGCCUCAUCGCCUAUUUCGUCCUGAGAUACAAAAUCCGGGCGGAGAGGUAAAACACCCGAGCUCCAGGAGACACGGACAUAGGCAUCGCGGCCCAGGGCCCCUUGCGGAGCCGCGGGGACCGCUGCCGCCCCCCAGCCCCCGGCGGUGCUGCCCGCGUCCGCGCCCGCGCCUCUCUCCAUCUCCCUUUCCAACUUCAUCCGGGAAGAAGGUGUAGAAAGGUGUCGUGUCCUCAUGCAGAAUUUCACCCCACGGAGACCAGGCACGCAGAAACCCGCAGCAGAGUAGCAGCCGGGAGGCCGGGGAGGAAGGACCCGCGCCAGGGGCAGCCCGGUCUCAGGACGGUCGCUGUCGUCCUACGGUUCUGCCGCCUCCUCCGGGGAGAAGUCAAUUUCCAAGCCAAAAGCCAAUAACUCUCAUUCAUUUUAAGAAACUGUAUCUUUUUAGUACUUGUUAAAGGAAAUUAUUCAGGGUAAAUAACACACUUUGCUUAGAGACACGAGGGGCUUAACUAAGGCACGGAGCUGGUCUCAUUUUCAGGCAAAACUUGGGAAAGAUGCAGGCGCGGUCCCCAGCAGGGAGAAGGCUCUGGGGCUGCACGUGUUCCAAAAAGUCGAACAGAAAGCUGGAGGGUGACAUUGGCCAACCUUCCCAAAGUCUUUUCUCCCCCCUCACCCCGCCCCGUGCUGCUUAUUUUAAGCAAAAAUACAUUGUUUAUUUCUUCCUAACUUUCUGAACAUCUUAAUUUCGCCUAAAACGUGUCUAGAAGAUGAGCCUUGUUGAUUUCUUGCACACAUGUCCCUCUCCUCUCGUGUCACGUCGACUACCUCCACGGGAGCUGGGAGAGCUAGGCAGGUGACAAAGCCAGGGUGGCCGGGGAGGGCCUCGGGGCGCCACAGGAAGGAGCCACCAGUGGCGGGGGGCGGUGCCCAGACCUCGCAGCCUCCAAGGCCUUACAAGCAACCGGCACAGUCUGCGUAGCCCAGGCUCCUGUGGCUUGUUCAGACGGUGCACCGGGUUGUGUGUGAGGCCACUUUCCGAGCCCAGUGUCUGUGACAUCCCCGCCUUCUCGGUGCUGAGCCCCUGCUGAUGUCACAGACCAGAAGCUCCUUCUUCCCAGGGACGAAGUCAGAGAACAAAAUCCCUGUGGGGCAGGAGUGGCAGGCGUACCUGCGGGGUAACUUGCCUCUUGCUUGUGUCCUGAUGCCGUGUGCGUGCCAGCUGUCAGAGGCAGUGCGACCCAGCAGGAGGUCAGAGGAGACCAAGGAGGGAAAUGGAGUUGCCCGCACUUGGCAUCUCCCUGCCCGGGGACGGGGGUCUCCCAGGGACAGCCUGUUUUCGUGGGUGCGCUCAUGCCCUGUCUGAGCCUAUCUCCUCCGCUAUGAACAGUAGCACGGCUGUCACCCCUAAAGGGGUCUUUGACUCCCCAGUUCUGUUCCCAAAACUUCUGUUUCCCACUUUAAAGAGAAUGGAAGGAGUCUCAUUUUACUCACAUACAGAUUUGACAUGCAAAUGCUUAGCAACCCUUUUUAACCCUUCCGUCCUUUGUAGUAAACGCACUGAGCGUAUUAAACUGUAACUUUGAGUUUCACUCUUCCGUACAAAAGUGGCAUUGCCUUCCAGAUUAGAGCACUUACCCAGGAUCGAACUUAGGCUUUAUAAAGAGUCCUCACUUAGUUUCGAGACAGAUUUGCCCGCGAGACGUCACAGGGCGGAAGACCCACCUAGGAGCAGGCUGGUGAAAUGGAGGGUGGGGAGGGCUGUGAUCACACCUGGCCUCACAGCAUGUGUGGUCAGGAGUAGAGACCUCUUUCCCGCUGUGGCCCAGCAAGGACGGGGCCAGCCUGGAGCCGCACUGCGGGGCUGAGCCCACCCCCACAGGCAGCUCACAUCAUGUGCCCUGAACCCACCCCGCCGUUUCUCAGCCAAUUGGGAAAGCGACAGUGAGAUCCCUCGAGAUUGAAAAUCUGGUUUCCAAGUCUACCUGCGCCCUCGGAAGGAAUCCCAAAAAACCCAGUCUCCCUGGGAGUUCAUGCUCCCACGUUUCAAUUUUCCAUUGUUAAUAAAUUACCUUCAUCCCUUUAAUAGAUGAGGAACCGAGUGAGGGGCCGAUCUUGGGGGACGUGAGGGCUGUCAGCAGAGGAGACGGAGACGCAGACUCAAAGUAAUACGGUGAUUUUUGGAGGGAGGGAGCAGCCAGGCCAGAGGCUCUGCGUAGGAAGCCCCGGGACGCUGCCCGGCCCUCUCUACGGGCAGCGCCCCUGCUGGCAGUGAUGCAAAGGGUGUGGUUUGCACUUCCCAGCCCUCCCAGAAAACAUUUAUUCCAAUGACCAAAGAUAAUGUCCAAACAACUUACUGAUUUGUUUUUCUAAAUCAUUGUGGUUAAGAGGUAGGUGACCGUGUCUUUCAUACAUUGGGACUGGAAGCAGGCCAGCUUGCCGGAGUUCGUUUCCAAACGGAAUUUCUGAAUGUACUGCCCCAACCCUGCAUCUCGGACCUUCAUUUGGAAGGAAGAACCAAAUCUUGUCCAAAAGAUGUGUAGCCUCUCUGUGUGUGUAAGGAGAGGCGAAAGUAGAAGUCCAAAGAACGUCGCUUUUAAGUGACAUUUGUCAGGAGAGAAGGGGGAGAAGCUCGGAUACUGCCCACUGCCACUGCUCCUGCUCACUGCUUCUGCUGCUGCUCC